AUGGAUUUCCUUCUAGAUUCCAAGAGAAAAUAUGGCAGUUUAUCCGGGGUAGAUGAGAAAGACGUCCAUCAAAAUCUCACCAUACAAUGCCUAGAGGUCAUGCAGCACAGUUUGAGGAAGAAUAUCUGCAAUUUAUCAAGUGAUGGCACACAGCGCAUAGAGAUUGAUACCGAUUCUAUCAACCAGUAUCUACAACCAGAAUUGCAAUACUCAUGUCGUUAUUGGGUACAGCAUCUGGCACAAUGCAAAGACCCUGUGGCUGAGAUGAAUAGUGCUUUAUUAUUCCUCCAGGAGCAUUUUCUUCACUGGAUAGAAGCAAUGAGCAUUAUGGGUUUUGCACCUGAGGUAGUGGGAGUAAUUGAGAAAUUGCAGUCACUCAUACAAAACGACAAAAACUCUAGAAUAUCAGAGUUUCUAUAUGAUGCAAGACGAUUUCUCUUGAAAAAUAGAUAUAUAGCUGAUACUUCGCCUCUUCAGCUAUACUGUUCAGGACUUGUGUUUGCUCCAACAAAAUCAAUAAUUAGAAAUAAGUUUGACAAAGAGCUGCCUAGUUGGAUAUGCAGGUUGCCAAAGGUCGAGGAAGAUUGGAGUGCAGAACUGGAGACGCUUGAGGGCCAUGAAAGCUGGGUGCAGUCGGUGGCAUUCUCACCGAACGGGCGACUGCUGGCCUCCGGUUCCCACGACAAGACAGUCAAGCUCUGGGAUCUAGCGACUGGCGCCCUGCAACAGACACUCGAGGGCCAUGGAGACUCAGUACAGUCGGUGGCAUUCUCACCUGACGGGCAAUUACUGGCCUCUGGUUCCCACGAUAAGACAGUCAAGCUUUGGGAUAUGGCGACCGGUGUUCUACAACAGACAAUUGAAGGCCAUGAAAGCUAUGUACAGUCAGUGGCAUUCUCACUGGAUAGGAGACUGCUGGUCUCUGGUUCUGACGACAAGACGGUCAAGCUUUGGGAUAUAGCGACCGGUGUUCUACAACAGACACUUGAGGGCCAUGGAAACUACGUGCAGUCAGUGGCAUUCUCACCGGAUAGGAGACUGCUGGCCUCCGGUUCCCAUGACAAGACAGUCAAGCUCUGGGAUACGGCGACCGGCGUCCUGCAACAGACGCUGGAGGGCCAUGGAGACUCAGUGUGGUCGGUGGCAUUCUCACCGGACGGUCGACUGCUGGCCUCCGGUUCCCAUGACAAGACAGUCAAGCUCUGGGAUACGGCGACCGGCGUCCUGCAACAGACGCUGGAGGGCCAUGGAAGCUUGGUGUGGUCGGUGGCGUUCUCACCGGACGGGCAACUGCUAGCCUCCGGUUUCCGCGACAAGACAGUCAAGCUCUGGGAUACAGCGACUGGCGCCCUGCAGCAGACACUCGAGGGCCAUGGAGACUCAGUGUGGUCGGUGGCAUUCUCACCUGACGGGCAACUGCUGGCCUCUGGUUCCCACGAUAAGACAGUCAAGCUCUGGGAUACAGCGACUGGUGCCUUGACUAAUACCCUGCAACAGAAGCUUAAGGACCAUAAAGACUCAGUAUGGUCGGUAGCAUUCUCACCAGAUGGGCAACUACUGGCCUCCGGUUCCCACGAUAAGACAGUCAGGCUUUGGGAUACAGCGACCGGCCUUCUGCAACAGACACUUAAGGGUCAUGAAAGCUGGGUACAUCCAGUAGUAUUCUCACUAGACGGGCGACUACUAGCCUCUGGUUCCCGUGACAAGACAGUCAAGCUCUGGGAUACGGUGACUGGCACCCUGCAACAGACGCUUGAGGGCCACGGAGGUUGGAUGCAGUCGGUGGCAUUCUCACCGGACGGUCGACUGCUGGCCUCCGGUUCCCAUGACAAGACAGUCAAGCUCUGGGAUCUAGCGACUGGCGCCCUGCAACAGACACUCGAGUGUCACGAAGACUCGGUGUGUUCGGUGGCAUUCUCACUGGAUGGGAGGCUGCUGGCGUCCAGUUCCGACAAGACAAUCAAGCUCUGGGAUACGGCGACCGGCGUCCUGCAACAGACGCUGGAGGGCCAUGGAAGCUGGGUUCAGUCGGUAGCAUUCUCACCUGACGGGCAACUGCUGGCCUCUGGUUCCCACGAUAAGACAGCCAAGCUCUGGGAUACAGCGACCGGCGCUCUGCAACGGACGCUACACAUAGAAGGUGUUAUUACUGACCUAAGAUUUUCCAAAGAGGGUCCAUUUCUGGAAACAAAUCUGGGAUCCCUAAGCAUCGAGCCAUCAGGCAAAAGCAUUUUCGUCGAGGCUAAGACCCGAAUUCAGGUGCUUAUCUUAGAUAAUCAAUGGAUCGCUCUCCAUGGCAGAAAGGUUCUAUGGCUUCCCCCUCCCUAUCGACCACUAUGUUCAGCGGUGAGAGAUGGCACGGUGGCCCUUGGGCACGCUUCAGGGCAGAUUUCAUUUCUCAAAUUUUGUCAAUAA